UUACCUAGAAUCCGAAAAUGCGAGGUAUUAGGUUGGUUCUCUUACUGGAGGUGAUGUCAGGAGUAGUUUAUAGUCAGGACUACUACUGUAAGUUUUCAUCUUACCAUACAAACUGCAGGUACCGUGGUGUGUCCAGCAAGUGUGGUAAUCUGUACUCCCAAGGUUUAUCUAGUUCAGAACAAUCAAAUGUUCUCGAUGCUCAUAACAGGCUGCGUGCUAGUGUAGCCAGUGGACAGACCAACCAGCCUAGUGCAGCCAACAUGAUGAAACUAGAAUGGGAUUCAGAACUUGCAAGUAUAGCCCAGCGACUAGCUGACCAGUGUAAAUAUGGUCACGACUGCUCCUCGUGUCGUAAGGUCUCUAGGUUUAAUGUUGGACAAAAUAUAUUCAUUACUUACGGAUACCUGAAGGAUGGAACAGACUGGAAUAAAGCUUUAAGAGCUUGGUUUGAUGAUGAAAUAAAUCUGUUCCCAACAUCUUAUAUUUCACCCUUCAGAUAUAUACAAAAGACCGGACACUACUCCCAGCUGAUAUGGGCGGAAACUACCAAGGUUGGAUGUGGGUUUACCUCCUAUACAUCCGGACAAUUCGUAGCCAGACUGUACGUGUGUAACUACGGACCAGGAGGAAACCGUAUUGGAGGAGAGAUGUACCGUAUUGGACAGAGUUGUACACGAUGCCCUUCACAAUCUACCUGCUCAUUUACCUACCCAGGACUCUGUGCAUCCUCUCCAUCAUCAUUCUCAUCCUCAUCCUUCAUUCCAACAUCAUUCAACCUUUCAUCCUUCAACCCGGCGUCAUACAACCCUUCCUCUUUCUCAUCCUCAUCAUCUUUUGAACCCUCCUCCUUUAACCCAGCUUCAUCCUUUGUACCCUCAUCCUUCUCACCAUCUUCAUUUUCUCCCUCAUCCUCAUUCUCAUUAUUCCCCUCCUCAUCCUCGUUCUCCUCCUUUCCUUCCUCAUCCUCAUUCUCUUCAUUCCCCUCCCCUUCCUCCAUCUCUUUAUCAUCCUUCCCCUCUUCCUCCUCUUUCUCGUCAUUCCCCUCCUCUUCCUCCUCCUCUUCAUUCUCCUCCUACCCGUCCUCCUCCUUCUCCUCCUCCUCCUCCUCUUUCUUCUCCAGAAAUGGAAAAUCACUGAGUUUCCAAGAUGGAAAACAAGAACAGGACGGACAAGAACAUGAAGAACAAGAAUAUCUAAAAGAACAAGAACAAGAUGGACAAGAAUCUCUAGAACAAGAACCUCUAGAAGAACAAACCAAACUAGAGGAACUACAAGAAGAGAAAAUAUUCAAAGAUCUGAUCAACCCAACUUCUGUCGAAGUUUAGAAAUUUGAUAAUUUCUAUAUGCGCAUUUAUCUAAAUGAUCAUGCGCAACCGUGUUUUUUGAAAAUAAACGCAAUCUUAGUCUUCCUUA